UUUUGCAAGAAUUCAGCUCUCAAGCUCGAAUACGCCGCCACCAACACCCGUCAACAAAUCGGUGUAUCCGAACGGGACGGACAAACCCUGGCCGGAGUCACCCGGUGUCUUCUGAAUUAUGGAGAUUUUCCGCCGUCCAUGUGGGGGCAGAUAAUGCUAACUGCAGCAUACCUGUUGAACAGGUCCCCACACUCAGCACUGGGGGGAGCUACGCCAUACUCGAAGUUGCACAAUAAGUCACCUGAUCUCUCGGGACUUCGGGUCAUUGGAGCGCGCGCCUUCGUACACCACGAGAGAUNCACUGAAGCAAACGGGUACGAGAGCGACGUGCUGAGCUUCACCUCCCUGCUGGACAGCCCCCACUCGACGAGCGACCUGGACUUCACGGCGCAGAACGGACCACUUCGGCAAGAAGUUCGGAAGAUGCAGCAAGACAAUCUCGCUCGGGAGGAGCUUCGCCUAGAACUNAAAUCAAACGGGUACGAGAGCGACGUGCUGAGCUUCACCUCCCUGCUGGACAGCCCCCACUCGACGAGCGACCUGGACUUCACGGCGCAGAACAAACCACUUCGGCAAGAAGUUCGGAAGAUGCAGCAAGACAAUCUCGCGCGGGAGGAGCUUCACCUAGAACUGGACGGGAACGAGGAUGAACAUGGAAACGGGCAAGAUCUCGGCGACGGGGACGCUCCAUCACCACAUCUCCCAUCGACGCCAGCUGGACCGUCNUUCCCCACAGCCAGCACGCGCGGGAAGCCCACCAGCGACGAUCAUAUGGACGUCAACUUGGUUCCUGCCAAUCUGGAAAUCACCAUGAACGACCGCGGUCGAGCCGAUGCUACAACCGGCCGCGUGGAGCCAUCCGAUCUUUCCUUCACUCAGCUGGCUGAGAUAGCCGAUCAAGCCCAGCUCCCAUGCCCUGGCGAUACUGAGGAUUUCGCCCACGUUGCGGAAGACCCCUUCACGGUGCCGCGUGCUCACGCCUACGUCACGACCACUCACGAACACCACGGGAUCUUGGAGGAGACGAAUCAAGCGAUCAAAAUCCCCAACACCUAUGACGAAGCCAUGAGCUCUCCCCAGCGCGAAGAAUGGAAAGGAGCGUGCAGCAAGGAAAUGGACAAUCUGCGGAAGCACAACGUCUACAAUCUGGUGCCCCUCAGCAGCGUUCCCAAGGGAGAGAAGAUCCUCGGAACGAAAUUUGGCUUCAAGAAAAAGCUGGACGGACGCUUCAAAGCUCGCCUGGUAGUCGGAGGACAUCGUCAAGAGCCAGGACAGGACUACGGACGCAGCUACGCACCAGUAUGCCGUAUCGGGAGCAUUCGCAUGACGUGCGCCAUUGGCUGCCACAACAACUGGCCCAUCUACCAACUGGACGUUGUCGGUGCCUUCCUGAACGCCCUCUGCGACAGAGAUGUGUACGUCAGACCCGCCCCCGGUACAUCCGCCAAGAACUCCGCGACGGGAGAACCCAUGGUGUACAAACUAGAACGGAGCCCCUACGGCCUAUCGCAGUCGCCUGCGCUCUGGAACGACACCCUGGACGAAUNUCAGGACAGGACUACAGUCGCAGCCACGCACCAAGAUGUGUACGUCAGACCCGCCCCCGGUACAUCCGCCAAGAACUCCGCGACGGGAGAACCCAUGGUGUACAAACUAGAACGGAGCCCCUACGGCCUAUCGCAGUCGCCUGCGCUCUGGAACGACACCCUGGACGAAUCCCUCACGGUGCUCGGAUGGAAAAGGACUCAAUCCGGCCCCUGCGUGUACGUGUAUACCAGCGGCAACAUCAUCGUGAUUCUCACGGUCUACGGAGACGACAUUCUCAUCGCAGGAAGAGACCAGCAGCUCGUGGACCAGAAGAAGAAGGAGCUCAACUUCAAUACCUUCGGAUCGGUUCCCAUCAACAGCGACAGCACCGGAGCGCUGACAGUGGCCAGGAAUGCCAUGCACUCUCAACGCACGAAGCACGUGGCCCUGAGGUACUUUUUCAUCCGGGAGCUAGUACGGCAGGGACAAAUCACUCUUCACCACCGGCCCAGCGAGCACCAGUUGGCUGAUAUCGCGACCAAGUAUAUCCCAAAGCACCGAUUCGCCUCCAUCAUUCAGCAGAUCGUGCUGAUCGAAGAUCUGUGA